AUGACUUCGAUCCCGCGUACCACUGGCGUCCAGUCGCCGGCUUUAGGAGUAGGACCUUCUUAUCGGCCGGCUGAGGAAAAACCAACCGCAACAGUGUCGCGGGAAGUCCCCUUCGAUAAUGUCCACGUCCUCGGCCAGACACCCCAGCUCAUCGCGCUGCUCACGAUGAUCCGUGACAAGAACACCGAACGAGGCGACUUCAUCUUUUACUCGAAUCGAAUCAUUCGUCUCCUGGUCGAAGAGGGGUUAAAUCAUCUUCCAGUCGUCGCACACAAUGUCACGUCACCGGUUGGAAAGGACUACGUUGGAGUCAGGUUCGAGGGCAAGAUCUGUGGCGUGUCAAUCAUGAGAGCCGGUGAAUCAAUGGAAGAAGGCUUGAGAGAAUGCUGUCGAUCAGUCAGGAUAGGGAAAAUCUUGAUCCAGCGCAACGAAGAGACAAGCAAGCCCAAGCUGUUUUACGAGAAGUUGCCGGCCGACAUCGCCAACCGAUGGGUUUUAUUGCUGGACCCAAUGCUGGCAACUGGUGGUAGCGCCAUCAUGGCAGUUGAAGUACUAAAGAGCCACGGUGUUCCAGAGGACAGGAUACUCUUCCUUAACUUGAUCGCAAGUCCUGAGGGUAUCGAGAACUUUGCCAAGCACGUUCCAAAGGUCCGGGUGAUUACCGCCUUCGUUGAUCAAGGCCUGAACGAAGCAAACUAUAUCAUCCCUGGCCUGGGUGACUUUGGCGAUCGCUAUUACACCAUGUGA